AGGCUCCUACGGAAAUUCGUUUGGUAAAUGGUACCAGAUCUAGUGAAGGCCGCCUUGAGAUUAAACAUCAGGGAAUUUGGGGAACAAUUUGCGAUGAUGACUUCAAUGAAGAUGCAGCCAAAGUAGUAUGCAAACAUUUUGGUUUCCGCGGAAUGUCUAUUGUGAAAAAGGAAGCUUACUUCGGACAAGGUGAUGGGCCAAUUUGGCUAGACCAGGUUUCUUGUUAUGGAAAUGAAACACAACUGGAAAAAUGUACCCACUGGAAUUGGGGUGAACAUAACUGUGAACAUAAUGAAGAUGUUGGUGUGAUCUGUUCAGACGAGAUCAUGGAGGUGGAAGUGCAAAGAAAUUCGAAGUUGCCGAUACGUUACGAAUCUGGUUUACCGAAGAAAUGCGGUUUCAGAAAAGACAAUCAAUUUUUGGAAAAUGAUUUGAUUCAUGCAAGAGUCGUGUCUGGAAGCGUUGCAAGAAAGGGAGACUACCCCUGGCAGGCGGCCCUAAAAAUAAAAGUAAAAGAAACUUCCGUUCAUUGGUGUGGAGCAGUUAUAAUAUCGAGUAAAUGGGUUCUUACGGCCGCUCACUGCCUUCAAGGGUAUACUAAAGGAGCCUAUAUAAUAGUUGCAGGUGAAUAUAAUACUGAUGAAGAUGAGGGAACUGAACAACAGAAGUAUAUUGAAGAAUUCUUCAUCCAUGAAAGGUUCAGGAAAGGACACAAGAUGAAUAACGAUAUAGCAUUAAUUAAAGUUAAGGGAGGGGGUUUUGCCUUGAAUGAUGACGUUCAACCUAUUUGCUUGCCCGAUACUGAUGUUUCUUAUGAUCAAGAUCUGAACUGUACCAUUUCUGGUUUCGGCUCAGUCAAGAGUGGCAUCUCAGCGUAUUCACACGAUAUGAUGGCUGCUUGGAUACCCAUUCAUUCGAACGACAUAUGUAAAAUGCCUCAUAUUUAUGGUAGUGCAUUAGCAGAAGGUAUGUUUUGUGCUGGGUUUCUAGAUGGAGGAAUUGAUGCUUGUGAAGGGGACAGUGGAGGACCUUUGGCCUGUCUAGAACAAGGAUACUUCACCUUAUAUGGAUUGACUUCUUGGGGUCAACACUGUGGUUAUGCCAAUAAACCAGGAGUAUAUGUGAAAGUUGCUUAUUACAGACCAUGGAUAGAAGACAUUAUUCAAAGACAUUCUCAACUCUAAUAUAAGUGGAAUAUCUAUGAUUUUUUUUCUGAAUAAAAACGAGAAAGACUUGCUUUAA